AUGCCGCAAGAAGAGAUUAAUCGCGAAGUUAACGAUCCCUUCGUCUACCAGCAUACCGUCGAUUACGACGAUUACGGUCACGUAGAGUACGACUACCCACUUUACGGCCAGCGCUUCUCUAGCCUGCCUAAGGCCAGAGCAGCACUUAACGAGGCUGCCCACGAGGCUGGCUUUACGGUCCGAAUUGUUCAACACAAGCCCUCCGGUAGAACUGCCGUUACCUAUUGCUAUACUCGUAGCCCGCGUUGCGAUCGAAAGCAGCAACGCCUCGCAGAGUUAACCCACCCGAAUAAGCGUCGCAAAUCCUCGACCUCGUUACAGACUGCCGCUGGCAGAUCGCUGCCAGCCUUUCGAGCGAGUCAAUUGGGCAGCUGGUCAAUUGGGCAGUCAAUUGGGCAGUCAAUUGAGCAAGCCCAGCUUACGUGUGUGCCCGAGACCGGCGGUCGUGUGGCGGCCGCAGCCACACUUGGGGGCAGGAUAUCGGGAGGUGGUGGCAGAAUAUCAUCGCCCUUCUUGAACUGCCACGUCUGCCCGCCUCUUUGGUCAACUUCAUUGAUGCUCAACGAGAUACCCAUGUCACGAUCGAAAUCUGCCAAGCCAACUAACCCGCGUCCACCACAUUGUACCUAUCGAAUGUCUCACUUUUUGGCGCUCCCAUUCCUUAGCCUUAUGCUGAACCAAGCUGCCUCGCACAAGCUCACCUUCGAGCCGUUUGUUGAUUCUCGAUCAGCCACGAAACUCUUCAUGAGAGUCAAAUGCGCACUCGGCCGCCGCCCAGCUCGGACAGCGGCGCACCUGCCCACCACCACGAGGUUUAUCAAUUCGGACGGAGUAAGGAGUGCACUUUCACGAUCACCGGUCUGCUCCAUUCAUCGGUCAGAUACGUUCAGUUGGCGUCAGCAGAUAGCCAAUCUGGUGCCUCCCAUCCGUCUGGGCGAUAGGAAUCCCCCGAACCCCCCCCCUUCCCAAGGCCCCGAGCUUUCCACUGAUUACGACUCACGGGGAACAACAGCACUAACGCACCACCGCCAUCUGACAGACUUGAGGAGAACCGCCCGGCCGGCAUCCCCGCAAAAACCCGCCAAAGACAUUGACUUCAAGGUCUCAUAG